CUCUGCUGCACAGCCUCUCAACUCUCAACACAGCAUCAAUGGCGUGUAGAGUUCAAUACUCCAUUCACAACAGCCUCCGUUUAUUCUCCUCCUACCCAUCCUCUCUCAAUUUCCUAUCCACUGCAAGACCCCAUAAAAUUCGCUUCAGAAAUUCCAAGUAUUUCUCCAUUUCCAGGGGCGCACUCUACUGCACUUGUAAUACGGCCGAACCAUUCGUCCUCACCACUCCGCUUUAUUACGUCAAUGCCCCGCCGCAUAUGGGCAGCGCCUACACAACCAUUGCCGCCGACGCCAUCGCCCGUUUUCAGAGGCUUUUAGGGAAGAAGGUCGUAUUUAUAACUGGCACAGAUGAGCACGGGGAGAAGAUUGCUAAUGCUGCUGCUGGCAAUGGUUUGAGUCCUAUCAAACAUUGUGAUUCUGUCUCACAAGCUUACGGGGCACUGUGGAGAGAGCUAGACAUAUCUUAUGACAAGUUCAUUCGUACGACCAAUCCCAACCAUGAAGCAAUUGUCAAGGAGUUCUAUUCUCGGGUUCUGGCAAAUGGUGAUAUCUACCGUGCUGACUAUGAGGGACUGUACUGUGUAAACUGUGAGGAGUAUAAGGAUGAGAAGGAGUUACUGGAAAAUAAGUGUUGUCCUGUACACCUCAAGCCAUGCCUUCACAGGAAGGAAGACAAUUACUUCUUUGCAUUGUCAAAGUAUCAAAAACAGCUGGAAGAGAUUUUGGAGGAGAACCCUGAUUUUGUACAACCUUCGUAUCGUUUACACGAGGUGCAAGGUUGGGUCAAAAAUGGCUUGAGGGAUUUUUCCAUUUCUCGAGCUUCAGUUGAUUGGGGCAUUCCAGUUCCUAGCGAUGCCAAGCAGACUAUAUAUGUAUGGUUUGAUGCUUUGUUGGGUUACAUAUCUGCUCUUUCAGAGGAAGAGGAGCAGCCUAGCUUACAAAAUGCAAUUUCCUCUGGUUGGCCUGCAUCACUGCACUUGAUUGGCAAGGACAUAUUACGGUUUCAUGCAGUUUACUGGCCAGCAAUGCUGAUGUCAGCAGGAGUAAGCCUCCCAAGGAAGGUUUUUGGUCAUGGAUUCUUGACAAAGGAUGGCUUGAAAAUGGGAAAGUCACUGGGGAAUACCCUUGAACCUACUGAUUUGGUGCAUAGAUUUGGACCUGAUGCAGUCAGGUAUUUCUUCCUUAAGGAGGUGGAAUUUGGUAAUGAUGGGGACUACUCAGAGGAGCGUUUCAUCAACAUAGUUAACGCAAAUCUUGCAAACACCAUUGGUAAUCUUCUUAAUCGUACACUUGGACUUUCAAGGAAGAAUUGUCAAUCCACUAUUGCUGUUGAUUCAGCAAUUGCAGCAGAAGGAAACGCACUCAAGGAUGCAGUGGAGAAGCUGGUUGAGAAAGCAAGACAGCACUAUGAGAAUCUUGAACUGUCAUCAGCUUGUGCGGCUGUGCUGGAGAUUGGUAGUGCUGGAAAUGUAUAUAUUGAUGAAAAAGCACCGUGGUCUCUUUUUAAGCAAGGGGAGUCUGGGUUCACAACUGCAUCCAAGGACCUUAUAAUUGUACUGGAAGCCAUGAGGAUUGUGGCAAUUGCUUUAUCCCCAAUUACUCCGAGUCUAUCUUUGAAAAUUUACACCCAGCUUGGCUACUCUGAGGACCAAUUCAGUUCCAUCACUUGGAGCGAAACCAGAUGGGGUGGGCUGAAGCAAGGCCAUGUCACAGCUCCGCCAAAACCUGUUUUCUCGAGAAUAGACCUUGAAACUGAACCGACCAAUACAACUGAUGAUACUAAGAAAACCAGCAAGAAAAAAGAUAAGCAGAAGACACAAAAGGUAGUUGAAGCCUAGAGAUUUUGUUAUUGGAGGAUGGUUUAACAUUUUAUUUGUCCAAAGCUAGUACAUCAACAGUGUAUCAUUGUAGUUGAGCUGAUGAACACUGCCACAUCUUCUCGGGCACUUUCCCUGGAUUAUCAGAAAUAAGAAACAUCUUUGCUGGGGAUGAUGUAUUUUUAAAUUAUUAUGAAUAGAACAAUGGCGUUUACAGCUGUCU